AUGUCGACCCUAUCCAAGACCUGUCAGAGCUGCGCAAGCUCAAAAGUCAAAUGUGUCCGAAGUACAGAAGACCAACCCAAAUGUAAUAGAUGUCUGCGUCUAGGCAAGGAAUGCGCUUAUCGGCGGAGUGGCCGACGAUUUCAUGGCUUCCAGAAGGACCGUCAAAUAGAAGCGCUCGAGUCCAGAGUCAAGGAGCUUAUGUCCGACCGAGUUAUCGCGUCGGUCGAACCCUCGGCGCCCACUUCCCACUUGACAUCGAGUACCCGAAGUGCGUCAUUCAACGAAAACGACAACAACGAGAAUAACUUGGGCAUUGACGAUGUAAUCAAGCGAGGUCUUCUCAGUAUCGGAACAGCAAGACAUUACUUGGAGCUUUUCAAGUCGGUUUUGUCUCCCAAUUUCCCCUUUGUGGUUAUAUCUUCCAGUAUAAGCAUUAACCAGCUCCGACAAGAGAGGCCAUUCUUACUAUUGGCUGUCCUUGCAUCUGCAUCAUAUGAUGAUUUUUCAUUGCAGCGAUUAUUGGGGAAAGAAGUCAAAAAAGCCGUUGCAGCGCGCAUGAUCCUCGGUGGAGAGAUCUCUUUUGACAUGCUGCAAGGGCUUUUGGUUUUUCUUGCAUGGUCUCAUUAUCACUCGAAGCCAAAUCGAUAUACUCAGUUCCUCCAACUGGCGAUCAGCCUCGUAAUAGAAUUACGACUAGAUCGACCCCCGCAAACCGAGGAAUGGAAGACCCCAUUAUUGUUUGAAACUCAGCAAAAUUUGAAUAAAAAGACAUAUGUUAGACCUUCUUGGGGUACUGACGAGAAAAGAGCAGUCAUUGGUUGUUAUUAUCUAUCAUACUCAACGGCAGUCUUUUUACACAAACACUCCAAUUUCCCUUACAUUCCAUAUUUCGACGAAUGCUGUCGGUCACUUGAUCAAGAAGAAGAGUACCCCACCGACAAGUAUAUCGUGCAUUCGUUCCAGCUGCAGCAUAUCGCAGAAAAAAUCAAUCGUUUAUCUACAGAUCACCGAAAUGACUUGAAAAAGCCGAUGUCGGGAACUGAGCUCUACGUAAUGAGUAUAAAAUCAGAUUUGGAAGCUUUUGAAAGUAGACUUCCAUUCAAAAUCUCCACUGUUCCGUUUCUUGCCAUUCAAUUUUACGCCACAAGCCUUUGUCUAUAUCAAAUUGCUCUUAAUCACGACCAGCAUUCUGAAGAUUCCAUGUCCAUAUCACAGACAUGGCGCGCAGACCUGUCCUUGGCAGGAACAAACGCAGCCGACAACAUGCUCAAUCUACACAUCUCACUUCCUCCCAUGAUGGAGGUAAAGUUCACAAAUACACAAUGGAUACAAACGGCAUUUGCCAUGCUGGUCGCCUACCGAAAUACCGUUGCUAAUAAUACGCCAACAAAUACAAUAUCGUUUCUCCAUACUUUAUCGCAACUACGGCAGCGCGUGGGUGCAUUGUCAAGCUCCAAAGUUGACAUGGACGGGCAAAGGGAUGUUUUCUCCGGUUUCGUAAAAAGGAUAAACCAAACCGAGGAGAGAUUAAUGGGAGUUAGCAACAAGAGUAGUAUGCCGACCAACAUCUCAAAGGCUUACGAGAACACCUCCAUGGCUAGUCCCAGCGAAGUGAGCAUGCUUCCAGUGGGUGAUCAGUCUUUAGUGCCCAUGCCUGAACUUUUUUCAUUCCCAGAAAUGGAUGACCAAUUCAUGCAAGGCUAUAGCAUCGAUCCAUCUAUGGAUCAAAUGUUUAAUGCUUGGUUUUAG